AUGGCGCGCGGUCGCAUUCCUGCUCCUGUCAUGCAAAACGAUGAUAACCACAGCAAUCUUAGUGAAGAUUCCCCCCCACCCUACUCCGAAUAUGAUGGGGAAGACGAAAUCGAUGAGAAUGAGAAAGCAGCCCUAGCACCACUCGGCCUUCUUAACGGCCGAUACGAUAUUUCAUCGCCAUAUGUAACUGACGAAUGGCCAUAUUGCGGCUCCGACUUUGAGCUGGAUCUGACGAUUUCCGGUUCUAAAUUAUGGGGCCAAUUCGAUUUGGGGUUGAUUGAAGGUCUGAUUUACUUUGAAGAGAGGCCCAGGCGCUCUUCCAAUAAAAGAGUGCCGUUUCGGUGGCGCGGCUAUGAGACUGGUGAAAAUUCAGGCUUCGCCGGCGAUGGAAAUGAAGGCUGGAUCAGAUUUCUUGGUGGAGGGCGUAUCAAGGGAUACUUCGAUUAUCAGCGUAUAUACUUUCAAGGUCAGCGCAAAUCUGGACAGAGAAGUAAGAGUGGGAUUGAUGUCAGUACUCUGCAAAGCAAAUGGGACAAAUUUGAGGAGGAGAAAUAUUGGUGGUAA